GCCAGAGCUGGCUGGCACCGAGGACGAAGGGGGAGCUUCAGUCCGGAAUCGUCUUUGCGCAGUGUUGGACUAGAAUCCUGCAGGUAGCUUUGCGCCGGAGGCGUUUUGAAUCUGAUGCCAAGUAUGGUGACAGGAACAAUGGAGCGCACAGGCAGCUCGGAGGAGUCCCAUAAGCCUGUGGACGAGCAACAGCAAAGCUCGACGGACGAGGAAUUUAAGAAUGCAAAAAGCGGGGACACAACAAGCAGUGACGAGGAAUCUUCUCCCAAGAGGAUAACGCGCGUGCGAGUUCGACAGACAGCAGUCGGCUCGGAGCUGGAGACCGACGGCCCUAGGACGCGCGGUGCCAGCAAGGCAAAGAUAACCCCGACCCUUGCCCCGAAGACUAGCAAGGGAAGGAAGAGUAAUGGGAAGACCCCAGCGAAGAAAAGUCAAAAGGAUGGCGAGUCGGACGACAGCGAAUCGGGAGGUGACUACGUUCACGUCCAAGUUGGCGACUGCGUCAUGCUGGAUUCGGGAGACCCGGAUGAUCCCUACGUCGCACUAGUGAGCUCAGUUCAGACCUCACAGCGGCAUGACCGAGCUGUAUCCACCUUUAUGGCGCAGUGGUACUACAAGCCUUACGACGUCAAGGGUGAGGUCAAGGCCUUGAUCAAAGGUGGCGUCCUGGAAAACGAGGUGUUUCUAUCGCCACACAAGGAUAGAAAUUCGAUCGACGCUGUGAUUGAGGUGUGUCAGGUUGUGUCUCCUGAGGAGUAUAAUGACAUUCAGGACGAGAUCAAGCGUGGGUAUCGCGAAAAAGGCAAGAUGUUUUAUGUGUGUCGCUACAAGUACUAUCCGAACCGGAGCAACAUCAAAAAGGCGCUGGAGGUUGUUGAGAACGAAGCCAUCCGAAGCGGACUGGGCCGCCCCAAACCCAAUGUCGGCGUCAGCUACCAGGCAACCAUACCGGACUUCAUCGAGCCAGCUCUGAGUGAUCCCGCAAUACGACCACGGCAAAUGUGGUCGCCACUUGUUGCAACAAAACAAAGUCAGACUUUUAUUCAAUUUCGGGAUUUGGUGGACACGCUUAGGUUCGCAGUGGGAAACAUUGUGAAGACAUACCGACCAGAAGUGAAACCUAUGGGACAUCAACGCGGGAUUAUCCUUCAGUAUUUCCUGUCGGAUUCGAUUCAGGUUUGUGUGUCGACUGGAAAGGUGUUCACAGUGCUGAAGAGCGAGCUGUGCUCGCCACUCUCAGAAGACCUGGCGAUACAGCAAUUGUACCUUUCAAGAUUUAACUUAUCGCAAGCUGCAUACGGGUGCUCCAAGACGAUUCUUCAGGCACAGCGUAAGGAGAGGAAGGCUUUUCGUAGAGAAGUGGAACUAUUUGCUAAGGCGAAAAGUGCAGCAGAAGUCGAUAACAGCCUUCAGGAAGGGGACAGUCGGAAGCGCAAGAAGUAGGAAGCACAACUCGUUCGUUAAUGGAAUUACAAAACUCGCAUUUUGAUCGUAAAAAAAUCUGCCUUGCCUCGGUUGUGUACGGCUUCUGGGUUGUCCUCUUCUCAUUUCUUACAGUUUCGCAGAAGGUUUGGGCGCCUUCAUGUCAUCCUCCUUGAUCGCCUUCAGUUGAUCGAGCAAGUAAGCCAUGUCGAACGC